AUGGGUCAAACCCCCGUCCUCGACCAAUUCCUCGGCAGUUUGCAGGAAUUGGUUCAGAAGCGCGAUGGCGCCAAAGUUCAGGACUUUCUUCAGCUCGAGCCGCCGCUCUCUGACAUUUAUCAGCGCAUGAUCAGUGAGUUGCGACAGAACUACGCCCCGGGUUCUAAAACCGAUACCGAACUUCUUCAACGAUGUGAGCCUCUCGUGCCUCGAUCCAAGGGUGGCUCAUGGACGGCGUUCCCGACUUUCGUCAAGCUCUACCUGAUCUUCCUACGCGAUAUGAACACCGACAACUUAUUGGAAACGUACAACCAAUUGAAGGCGCUGCUUAAUCAAUGUGUGCUCGCCCUCGGAGAUAGUCAAAUGGGUGUUGUUGUUCUUCCUACUGUUCUCUACUUGUCCAAAGUUCUGGCAAAAUUGGCAAUGGGCCUCGAUCGUCGACCGGACCUGAUCGCGCAUAUUCGACGAAUGGAAGGUCUGGCGGACCAGGAUGAGAGUAUCGAGAAGGUGACUUUGGUGGAAAAAUCGGCCAACGUGGUGCGUGAAGCCUUCAUCAAGUGCCUCACUGAUCGCACCGGCACCCCCGGCCCUACUGGCAAGCCGGAGGGCAAGCGCAUUGGUAUCUAUCUCAUGGCUAAUCUCUGCCUAAAACUGCUAUUUCAGUGCGGCAAACUACGCAACGCUGAGCAGAUGUUUGCAAGCAUCAGCGCCCAAUCACCCCCUUUGGCUUACUUCCCAGCCUCACAGCGUGUCACCUACCUCUACUAUCUCGGGCGAUACCUUUUCGCCAAUAACCUCUUCUUCCCCGCCCGCAUUGCUUUGCAGGCCGCCUAUGACCAAUGUCACCGCCAGGCCAUAAGCCAGCGACACUUGAUCCUCUCAUACCUCAUUCCGUGCAACAUUAUCUUGGGCCGAUUCCCAUCUCAGGCGCUUCUCCAACGAUCAGAAGCACAAGGAUUAGCAGCACACUUCCAGCCACUGUGUCGAUUGAUUGUCCGAGGAGAUUACCUGGCUUUCCGACAACAUCUCUUCUUUGGCUCGCCAACCGCCCAAUGGUUUGCACGUAAGGGAAUUCUAUUUACCCUCCGAAAUCGAUGUGAGAUUCUUGUGUGGCGAUCUUUUGCACGCAAGGUUUUCAUGUAUGGAGGUUCCUAUGGAGGCCCGCAGGCGCAGGCGCAGAAGGGACCUCCACCAGUCCUUAACCUUAAAAAGCUCGUCGUGGCUACACGAUGGCUACAAGCACAGCACGCAUCAUCCGGAAAUGGCCCGUCUCGUGCUUUGGUGGCGCCUAACCUUUAUGGAUCACAAGUCGUUUCUGAACCUACAGAUCUCGACUACGCUCACCUGCAAGGGGCAGAUGGAAGGGCCAGUCCCGCCACCGAUCAAGAAAUACUAGGAAAAUAUGGUGAUUUUUUGGCCCCGGAUGGAUUUUAUACCGAAGAAGGCCGAUCACAGCCUAAUCUACCAGGUCAAUUGGUGGAUGGAGACCCAGAAGAGAAUUAUGGCGAUUAUGAACUGGAUCCAUAUGCGUAUGACCAUGACGACAGGUCAGAAGCAGAAAUAUCCAUGAUGCAAGAAAUUGAGUCGAUUUUCGCAUCCUUGAUUACACAAGGGCUGAUGGGUGGUUAUCUUCUUCAUCGUGAGCCUCGAUUCGCCGUUCCUGGUGCCAAAAUCAAAGGCAUCUUGCCCACAGGAUUCCCCAAUGUUUGGCAGACCAUCUCUGCCCGUGAAAGUCAUGAUUCCAGUGUUCCCGGCUGGGUACAGCCUCGGGCGCCUACAUUAGCUGGAGCAGCUGGAGGUGCUGUACAAGAAAUCUCAGCACGGGUAGCCGACUUCCAUAGUCGCCAGCAACCAUUUCGUAUAUAUCAUGGUGCCACCAACAGUACUCGUCCCUCCAACCGAUCACUCUCCAACACGGUCAGCACAGAACCUCUCACCCGCGUCCUCGAGAUCGAUAUCAGCCGAUGUACAGCUAUAGUCGAGCCCAAUGUCUCUAUGAGUGCUCUGGUGGCUGCCACCCAGGCCCAUGGCUUGGUCCCUUUGGUGGUUGUCGAGUUCCCCAACAUCUCGGUUGGCGGCGGAUUCUCGGGGACAUCCGGGGAAAGUAGCUCUUUCCGCGAGGGAUUCUUCGAUCAUACAGUCAAUUGGAUUGAAAUGGUUUUGGCAGAUGGUCAAGUGGUGAAGGCAUACAACGACCGCGUGGAGGCUAGUUCGGAACUGGCGGAUAAACACUCGGACUUGUUCUGGGGCACUGCGUCUUCCUUUGGCACCUUGGGAGUGGUCACCCUUUUGGAAAUUCGAUUGAAAAAGUCACAGCCAUUGGUGGAAUUGAAAUACUAUGUGAAUUCCAACAUGAAUGACGCGGUGCGUACCUUUAAAGAGGCUAGCGCUGAUCCAAGCACUGAAUAUCUGGACGGAAUCGUCUAUGCACGGGACAAGAUCGUCGUUUGUGCUGGAAGACAAAUCGAACAAAAUUCGAAUCUAAAGCUUCGACACUUCACUCGUCGACAAGACGAUUGGUUCUAUUUGCACGUCGAACGAAUUGCCCAAUCCAAGAUCUCCAACAUCUCCGACCGAGAGAGUUCACUUCACAUGCCAGAUGCGGUGGAUCACAUUCCUCUCGCCGACUAUCUUUUCCGUUAUGAUCGAGGUGGUUUCUGGGUUGCUCGUUAUGCUUUUCACUACUUCUGUGUUCCAUUCACUUUCCUUACACGCUGGUUUCUCAACCGAUUCAUGCACACCCAGGUGAUGUAUCACGCCCUACAUGUCAGCGGUCUUGCGCGUCGAUAUAUAAUCCAAGAUGUCGGUGUACCAAUGUCUACUGCUGCCGAGUUCCUGGAAUGGCUGGACCGCCCUGAAAACUUUGGACAAUAUCCGCUUUGGCUCUGUCCGCUACCACCAGGAAGUGCUGGUGGGUUGGAAGGAGAGUCGGUAGAUGACGCCAAAGGAGUCAAUAUGGAAGCACAUAGGACCCAACUCCUCAAUUUUGGAAUCUGGGGGCCUGCUGCUACCACGGAUCAGGCCGGAUUCGUGGCUCAAAAUCGACAGCUUGAACACAAGGUGCACAGUCUGGGAGGAAAGAAAUGGUUAUAUGCACAUACUUACUAUACAGAAGACGAGUUUUGGACCAUCUAUAACAAGCCUGGUUAUGAUUCUCUACGGACAAAAUAUCAUGCACAGCAUCUUCCAUCCCUGUAUGAAAAGGUUCGAGUGCGUGAAUCCGAUCUCCCUGGUCCACAUCGGGGAGAUUUCGAGAAUGGAUGGAAGGGAUCGGUCAAACGUGCCCUUUGGGACGUCUGGCCAUUUUGUGGUCUUUACGGGGUUUACAAGGCUUGGAGAGGAGGAGACUAUCUGUUGCAAAAAGAGAUUUCCAAGAGGAAGGUUGAUUGA